GGUGGGCUGUGGGUGGGGGAGGAGAUGGACCAAGCCUCAGGUCGUGCGGAUGAGGGUUCGGGAAGGUCUGGCGAGUAAGAUUCCAUUCCGUGGCUCUGCACCGGAUUUUCCACCCUUGUCUCCGUCGGCUCCCUACUUAGGAGCGUGAGACCGAAAGAGCAUUCCGGCAGGGGGCCUUCCAGUCCCGAAGCAUCUCAUCCAGAGACCCCCAAAUGCGAAUCUUGAAGUUCGAGGUCCCCAGGGAAGUUCGCUACUAACCUUCUAUAAAGCUAGAAGGGCCGAGGCUCUCGAUCCUAGCUUGGUUUGUGGGGUACCGAGGCUUGGGCAGCAUGACUACGGAAACCUUCGUGAAGGAUAUCAAGCCUGGACUGAAGAAUCUGAACCUUAUCUUCAUUGUGCUGGAGACAGGCCGAGUGACCAAGACAAAGGACGGGCAUGAGGUUCGGACCUGCAAAGUGGCUGACAAGACUGGCAGCAUCAAUAUUUCUGUCUGGGACGACGUGGGCAACCUGAUCCAACCUGGGGAUAUUAUCCGACUCACCAAAGGGUAUGCUUCAGUGUUCAAAGGUUGUCUGACACUGUACACUGGUCGUGGGGGUGAUCUGCAGAAGAUUGGAGAAUUCUGUAUGGUUUACUCUGAGGUUCCUAACUUCAGUGAGCCCAACCCAGAGUACAGCACCCAGCAGGCACCCAACAAAGCUGUACAGAAUGACAGCAGCCCUACAGCCACCCAGGCUGCCACCGGACCCCCUUCAGUCUCUCCAGCUUCUGAGAGCCAGAAUGGGAAUGGACCGAGUGCCCCGCCAGGCCCUGGUGGUAGCCCACAUCCCCCUCACACUCCCUCCCACCCACCCAGCACCCGGAUCACUCGAAGCCAGCCCAGCCACACAGCAGCUGGCCCUCCUGGCUCCUCCAGCAAUCCUGUCAGUAACGGCAAAGAAACCCGUAGGAGCAGCAAGAGAUAGCAAGACACUGUUUCUCCCCUGCUGCCACCACCCACAGCCCAGGUUCUACUGGAGAACCAGUCUUCCCUUGGGCUGCUGGCUUUGGGGUGGGGGUUAGCGUAGCAGUAUUUUAGCCACUAAACUUCCCUGGAAGGGUGGUGAGCAGUGGCCUUAUUCACCCUAAGUCCAUAUUUCACUCAUCCAGCUGGAGCUGCCUGUUCCCUACAUUCAGGCCCUGUGCCAGCCCUUCUCUUUAGAAACACAGUUACAGUCUCUUUCUCAUGUGUGUGAUAUGAGAGUCUAAAUGAAAGCCCUCCCAAUAAAUGUUUCCACUCUGCA